AUGCCCGCCAUGCGCGCCGCCGAAAGCCGCGCGCUCGAGCGCGCGCUUACCGCCGCUGACAGGGCCGCGGCUGCGCCAGUACCUUGCGCUGGUGUGCCACCCCGCGGAGCUGCGGAAGCAGCUGCGGAACCGGUCGGGGCAGCGCCGCCAUUCCUGGCGGUUUCGGGGAUGGCGGCGGACGCGGGGGGGAUGGACGGGAUGGUGGGGGUGACGGGGGGGACGGCGGGGUGGGCUCGCGCGACAGACGCGGACAUGCUGUCGCAGCUGUUGGCGAAUUCGCGAAAGCCUUUGGCGACGGACAUGGACUUGGUGUCGCAGGUGCGGUUGCGGAUGGACCCGGCGCUGCUGGCGUCUCUGGAUGCCAUGCGCGCGCACUCGCAGCACCACGCGCUGCAGCAGGCGCAGCAGGCGCAACAGGCGCAGCAGGCGCAACAGGCGCAGCAGGCGCAACAGGGGCAGCAGGGGCAGCAGGCGCAACAGGGGCAGCAGGGGCAGCAGGGGCAGCAGGGGUACCACGGGCAGCAUGCACAGUUGAUGCAGCAGGCACAGGCAGGCAGGGCCGGGGGUCAGCCGUCCGUAACGCUCACCCCAAAACUGCAGCAAUACCUAGCUGCUGCCGGGAAGCUUCCUUUCCCGGACAAAAACCUCCCCAUCUGGGAGGCCCUCCGGGCGGCAUCCGCGCAACAAGUGCCGCCCGGUUUCUCCUCCGCUCCUGUUCCCACCCCCGCCACACCCAUGCCACCCAUGUCACCCCUCCCACGCAUCACGGGCAUUCCGCCGUCCCCCAGCAUAUUCGGGUGCACAGAGGACGUCCGCGCGGUGCACGCGGCCUCCGCGUCGGACGCGGAGCUGCGCGCGCGGCUGCUGCGCCUGGCGGAGGCGGUAGCCACGAGCGAGCAGGGCGAGAUGGCGGCGCUGACGCGCGUGCUGCUCGCGGACGCCACCCCCCACGGCACGCCCAUGCAGCGCGUGGUGCACUACCUGCUGGGCGCGCUGGGGAAACGCGCGUCUGGGAGCCUGGGGGAGGAGUAUGUGGUUGAGCCGCUGCAAACUGCUGAGGUGAGUGGGCUCUUUAGAAAGCAUGGGGUGGCAUGGCGGGGGGAGGUGAGUGGGUUCACUCUGAGUCGGUUGACUCUAAUAAUCGCAUCGGGGAGCCUGGGGGAGGAGUAUGUGGUGGAGCCGCUGCAGACCGCCGAGGAGGAGGCGCUGAUCCUGGCGUUUGCAUCGCGCAACCCGCUGAUGCAGCACUGCUACACCACCAUGGCGUGCGGCAUCGUGGACGCAUUAGAGCACGACGCCCUCGUGCACAUCGUUGACUUCGCCAUGUGGGGCGGCCAGUGGCCCAUCGUCAUCCGCCAGCUGGCGGCCUCCGCCGCCCGCCACCGCCGCGAGAGCUGCACCCACGGCUGCACCCACGGCGCUGCCGACGGCACCGGCGCCAGCAGCAGCAGCAGCGGCAGCCAGAGCAGCAGCAACAGCAACGGCGGCAGCAGCAGCGCAUGCCCUACGUGCACGGGUCCUCUCCCUCUCCACAUCCGCUACACCGCGGUCGAACCCCCUCCCGGCCACCCCUGGGGGGCAGGGCCGAAGAUCCCCAUCCCCUUCCUGCAGGCGGAGGUGAGCGGCGCAGCGGCAGAGUGCGGAGUGGCACUGACCUUCCACCGCGUGGAGGCGCGACCCGAGACGCUAAGGCCGCUGAUGCUGGGGAUAGAGCGCGGGGAGGCGGUGGUGGUGAACUGUGCGGGGCGGCUGGCCAACCUGGCGGAUUCGACUGUGCUGCGCUCCAGCCCCAAAGACACUGCUCUCUCGACCAUCCUGCAACUGGCCCCCAAGGUGGUGACGAUAGUGGAGUGGGACGCCAACCACCGGCAGCCCUUCUUCCUGCACCGCUUCCGCGACUGCCUCGACUUCUUCUCCAACGUCUUCCACUCCCACGAGCACCUCGCCUCGCGCGCCUCCUUUGGCCGCCGCGGCUUUGAGGACAGAGUGCUCGCGCGCGAGAUGAUCAACCUGGUGGCCUGCGAGGGGCUGCAGAGGCUGGUGCGGGCCGAAACGCUGGAUCAGUUGCAUGAGAGGAUGCAGCGGAUAGGGUUCGCCGCCAAGCCGUUUUCGCGGAGGAGUAUGGCUGCGCUGGGGCAGAUGCUUGCGCCGUAUUCUAAGGGGUUUUCGGUGGUGAGUCAUCCGUUGGGGGGCGUGCAGCUGCUGUGGCAGGGCAAGUCCAUGCUUGGUGCGUCCUUCUGGCAGCCUGCGGUGGAAAGAGUGGAAUUGGGUUCGAACAGGAGUUGUGCUGGUUAUGCGAAUGGAUGUGCGAGUGCCUUGGGGUAUACAUGA